UGCAGGCAAUGCGAGAUAAAGGGGCCGGGACUGUGCUGCUGCUGGCUGGCCGGGAUAUAUAUACAGCCCCCACACAAUUCGCCUUUUCAUCAGGUGGAUUCCCUGUUAUCUGGCCAGUGUGAGUCGAGGCAGCCAAGCGAGCGGUGCUAUACAUCCAGCACACACAAGACAGUCUCCCAGUUUUCAAUUGAAUUUCUUGUGAAUAAUCGACAAAAAGAAACAAGUCCCUGUGCUCUCUCUUUACUCUUUGUAUUACAAAGGGUGCAGCAGCUAUAUAUCCACGGGUCUUUGCUCCCGUUGUUUUUCAUCUUUUUCUCGGCCGUGAGCACCAGAGCGAAACUCCCGAGAGUCGCUUUGCUGUGCCCGAAUCCAGUAACUCUUCUCCACCGCCCAGGUCGUCCAACAAAUCCUUUACGAAAAUUGGUCGUUUCAUGGAAUUUUGGGCGAGAAUGCGCAACGUAUUCGGCUGCGAUGAGCUCAACAAGAACCGCGACAUCUGGCGCAUGCUCAUGGCCGAAUUCGUCGGCCCGCUCUUUCUCGUCCUCAUCGGCUGCGCUUCCUGCGUCGAGGGAUGGAACGACCAGUACUCGCCGCACAUUGUCCAGGUCGCCCUCUCCUUCGGCGUCACCAUCGCAACAAUGGCCCAGGCCUUGGGACAUGUGAGCGGAGGCCAUUUCAACCCGGCCGUGACGGUGGCCUGUCUCGUGACCGGCAAAAUCUCCAUCGUCAAGUCCAUCUUCUACAUCGUUGCCCAGUGCCUGGGCGCCAUAUGUGGAGCUGCUCUUCUCCAGGCUCUGACGCCGAGCGAUUUCCACAAUACGUUGGGCGUGACGGAGAUCCACAAAGCCCUGACCCCGACGCAGGGCUUUGGCGUCGAGUUCUUCUCGACGUUCACGCUGGUCCUGGUCGUCUUUGGCGUCUGCGACGAGAACCGCAAAGACGUCAAAGGAUCGGCCCCGUUGGCCAUCGGCCUCUGCAUCGCCACCGCCAUUUUAGCCACUGGUAAUUACACUGGCGGCAGCUUGAAUCCGGCCCGCUCCCUAGGACCGGCAGUCAUCAGCAACAAGUGGGCUUAUCACUGGGUCUACUGGGCGGGACCGAUCGUCGGUGGCGUAGUGGCAGCACUCACCUACCAGAAGGCCUUCAAGGCCCGUUCGCCCGAAGAGGAAGUCGAGCUGGAAUCCUACCAGUACCGAGUCGCCAACUCGAAAGAGAGUGAGAUUAUCGCCGACCGAACGACCACCAUCUAAUAAGAAUUAAAGAUGGAAAAACAACCGUAUUAUCAUAUCAUCCCGAAUUUUUUUUAAAUAAUUUUUCUGUCCUGUGUUGGCGGAUGAAUUUCGAACCAUUCUGUUGAAACUGGAUCAAAGCACAAUUUCCUGGCUAAAUCCGCAUUCAUUCACGAAUAAUAAUAUAACUUUCUUCGGUUAUUAUUAUGUCACUAUAUCUUUUAUUUUCCAAUUCUUCGUCUAUUCUUUUAUAUUUCGUCUUACAUUCUUGUGCUUGUUUUUUUUUUUUUUAAAUCGUUUUUUUUUAGACUCUUGAUAACUUAUGUUUGCAUUUCUAUAUUAUCUCCGCUUUGUAAUUUUAUUUGAGUUUUUUUUUUCGGCGCACGAAUUUCAAAUUCCGAAUCAUUUGAAAUUCGAAUUUUACAUUUUUGGUUUGUUUUUUAGACUUUUUUUUUAGCCAUAGGCAUGUAGAAUUCGUUUCGAGUGUUAUUUGGUUUCCAAACAUAACAGCGACCGCGUGCUGUUGAUCGUCUCCAGAGCAGCAGAGAGUUUUCACAUUGAAUUCAUAUCUUCUAUUUCCCUAUACGGAUUUCCUAUAUAAGGCCAGGGGGGAACUCGAUGAUGACCCAAAGUCGUCAUCCAUCUUCCAUUCAUAUACCUUUUGAUUCUUUACCAUAUCUCUCUACAUUUUUCAUUUCUUCAGACAUUUUUUGGGUUCGUAAACUUUGGUACAAACAAAAAACAAGCCAACAUUUUGUGACCUAAAUCCUACUCUAUAAUAGCGACGAUUUGUAUUUAACUGGUUCAAGAGUUAUAGUGUCGGAUCUCACGCGCGACGACUCUCGACAAACAACAGUUGGUCUAAUCAUUUUGUCUCGGAUGUGGAAUCGAAAGGAACUGUUUUGACAAUAUGGCAACAUGUGUGCAAUACUCUUCAAUCAUCAGUUAUAUUCGUCACCCCGUUGCGUUAUCUUAUAUUGUGUGUGUCUAAAUAAGAUUCCUCCGCACUCUAAUCCAUUUCCCACACACACGUACGUCUUGGGUUUUACCAUUUUCUUAUCUAUCUCCGAUCGAAUCGUUUAGACUUUCGUCACCUUUUUGGUUUUUACGUAUUGGAAUUGAAUUUGUCGUCUUGUCUCGACUUGUCCUUUAAUUCCCAUCACUCCCGGUCUUAUUCACGUACAGGCUACUCUACUCUGUUUGAUGAUUUCAUCACGAUAUAGACAAACCGCAACUGAAAGGGGCUCUCCUUUCUCACAAUCCUAUUAAUCGAUUUCUCAUCCUUUUUUUAGUUGAAUUUCUUUGGGCUCUUUUUGUUUCUGCUGUUCCCACCUGUCCUUAAAAAAAAGAUCGGAAUACUGAAGGGUAUAUGUAGUAAACUCUAUACACUAAACUGCUUGCGUGAAAACCUCAUUUCUUUUGAUUUAAUUUUUACGCUCUGGAGACGAUCCGCGUCCUGUUGUAUUUGUUUAUGUUUUUGUGUUUGCUGUUUAUGAUUUUGUUUCGUUAUUAUUCUGUUUGGUUUUAAUUCCCCCCCCCCCCUACGUACUAUGGAAAUCACAAGUGAACUUUAUUUGGGUGACAUUUGUUUUUGUGAAUGUUCUGUGUUCCAGUUGUUUUGAAAAUUUGUUUUUCCUUGUUUGGUGUAUAACUUUAUUCACUGCGCGUGUGCGGGGGUUGCGUGAUGCCAUUCUGUGACGCAACACAGCUAUAUACGAUAACGUACACACUAUUCAGCCUAUAAAUGAUGUGUGUAUAGGCUUCAAGGGCCCAAAUGCAGCUGAGAUCAUACAUUUUUUUUGUAAAUUA